AUCGGAACCACAACCUUUUUUUUUGCAAGGGCGGCUCACUGCAGUGGAUCAUUCGUAUCCACGUUUGCAAAAAUGAGGCUGGGUGGGGGCCCCCAUCACCAAAAAAACAACCGAAGAAGAAGAGGCACAAGCCGCCAUACCCCGAGGUUUAUUAAUAGAAGUAUUGCAGCGGUUUAAAAGUCGGUCUAAAGAUGCCCAGAGGAUACUUGAAGCACUGCCAUCGAGCUGGCCGCAAAAGAGCCCGCGGAAGCGGAAGCCACAGCGUCCCAGUGUCCCAAAGGCAGGCCAAAAUCGAAAAGGGGCAGAAACAGGACUUCCCUCCGUACAUUGGAGAGCAAUCUCAAAUAGCCCAAGACCUUGCUUGCGGGCGCUACGACUUCUCUCUUGCACAAGCCGGCCCCCUGAGACGCCUACAAGGCAUAACCGAAGACGACGCUGCUGACUGGUACAACGAAGACGAUGAAGCCUUCUACUUCGAGGAGGAAGGCGGGCAUGAGGAGGAAAUGAAUAACGAGGAAUCCGUUCCUGCCAAUGCAAACAACGUGCGCGAUGCGAGCUUUCAUGCCACCGAAGACGAAGAAGGAAGCUUUGUGGCUGUAAGCGACUUCAAACGCAUUGGGGGUGCCAGCGUUUUGGCCGCCAGCAGCAUUGGCAGCUUCUCUAUCUGCGAUCAUUUUGACGAUGAGUCGAUGUUUUCCUUGAUCUCUGAAUCUCCAGACUAUGCCAUCGUCGACGUGGAAGAUGAUGAAAACGGAGAAGGCUAUCAUGGGGGCACUUCCGACUCUUCUGGUGAAGGUGUGGUGGAAACGCGAGUUUCUGGUGUGGCCGAGUUGCACCAGGCUCCUUCUGUCUGCUUCAUUUGUUAUGAAGAAAAGCCGUUGGUGAAAGUAAUGAAGAAAUUCCGCCAUCCGUUCGCUUGCUACGACUGCCUUCGCCGACACUACGUUGUGAAUGCACAACAAAACAUCUCCAACUACCCCCUCCAGUGUUUUUGGCCAGACUGUGAAAGAAUCCUGCGGGAUGCCCAGGUCCAAAAGUUUGUCGAGACCAAGGAAGAGAUGCUGACUCACUAUGAAAUGGAAGCCCAAGCCAAAGCUCUACGGAAGCGCCUCCCCUUUUUCAAGGAUGUUCACGAAUGUCCGCACUGUUCCUGUGCCAAUCUCGUCCGGCCCUAUCGAGGAACCAAGAGACAGACAAUCGCGGACGAUACCUACAAUAUCGAAUGCACUCAAUGUUCCCGAUCAUUCACUGCAAGAAAGCUCCCAGCAGAAGAAAUUCUGUCGGUUCUGGCUGCAAUUGGGACAAUGUUCUGUAACUGCCCUUCCUGUGGCGCCUUUAUCACCAAAGACGGAGGCUGCGAUCACAUGACCUGCAUUGUCUGCGAUUUCGACUUUUCCUUCCAACAAGCUGCUUUUGAUAAAAACGUAUACGUGUAAUAAGAAUCCCAAUAUGUAUUUUUGUAAAAGGAACUCUGAAAUCGCCAAUGCCCCU